AUGGCGAACGAAGUUUUUCAGCUGAACAUCACUCGUCUCUCUGUCGAUGAAAUUCUGGACAUGUUUCUGCAGUUGGGCGAUCUCUACGAUUCCGACUUAAUGAGGCACGAUCGGACGUAUCGGAUCGAUCAGCUACUGGCGCAAUUUUAUGGCGGUUAUUACGAUAUCACAGCCAUAAUGAAGCGUUUGACGCCAGACUGCACAAAAUUACUCCAAAGAUGCCUCUUCCACAACGAGGAAAGAACCUGCUCGGAAAUAUUCCAGUUUCGAAAAACUCAGGAUGGAUUUUGCUGCACUUUUAAUUACGCCACCAAAGGGGACGACCUGUUGUUGCGACACGGUUUCGAUCACAAGCUGGAUCCGUUGAAGGUGGAAUAUCUGGGCGAGGAUCGCGGUCUUGUGGUAUUAAUGGAUUUAUCUAUCAACGAUUACUUCUAUCCCAUUUUCCCUAUCACUGGUUGCAAGGUGAAUAUCUUCAAUCCACACGAUUACCCAGACGUGUCCAGCGGGGGCGUUAUCGAGAUCCUCGUGUCACCGACAAGGCAGGUGAAGGUGGCCGUGGAAGCAAUCGUGGCGUACAGUACGCCCAACAUUCUGGCGUACUCAUUGGAGCACCGAUACUGCGUGUUCUCCGAAGAAAUGGAGUCUGUACGGAGCUCUUAUACUUAUAGCGACUGCAUUGUCGACUGUAGGAUUGCCGACAUAUUGCGGCUCUGCAAGUGCGUGCCGUUUUUCUUGCCCAACAGAGGUGAGAAGUACAAUCUUCUAAUUAACAACUAUUUGAUUUCUUGGAUGAAUUCUUUUUAUUCCAAAAUCGUGACCGUUCCUCAAGACUUCAGGGUUGAGUCUAAGAGGGUCUGCGACUUGGACGAUGUACCCUGUUUGACGAAGCAUAAAUACAAAUGGUACUCGGUGGUGCCGAACACGGAUCUCUACGACGGCGAGAUACAGGAAUCGGACGAGGUUCUGCAUUGCAAGAACUGUUAUCCUCUCUGCAACGACGUCAACUACAACGCGAAGAUGUCCGACACUUAUUUGCCACGCGCUCAGCACACAAGUAAAAUACUGAACGGCAUGAAGUUCGAGAAUCAAAGCGUCCUGUACGUGUACUUCAGCAGCUUCGGUACCAUAAAGUUGAGGCAAGACGUGGUUUAUCGCUGGUACGAACUUCUGGGGGACGCGAGUGGCAUCGGCGGCAUCUUCCUCGGUUUCAGCCUCAUCGCCGUGGUCGAGUUCGCUUACUUUGUCGGGCUGUUCGUACUCGAGCUUUUAAAGGGGCCGGAUUCGUCGGACCGAGCCAAGGACGAGAGUGGCCGUAAACGGGCAGCGAUACAGACGAUUUAUUGGGGCGAGUUGUAUCCGAGAACGAGGCCCGGCGUGAUCGCGGACCAACGUGAUCGACGUCGCGAUAAGGAUUAA